CAAUUCGCUUAUACGUUUUCUAUUUAUUUAAUAUUCAGAGGGGAAGUAAAAAUUAAGGAACAUUUAACGUGCUCAUCUUCAAAAAAUUAUAAUUCUUUUCAUAUAAACUACAAACAAUUUAAAAAAAAAUACCCGCCAAAUUUAUUUAAAAAUGGAAUUUAAAAAAAAUAAGAAAUAUUCUAGAAAAUUUCCUGAAACAGACGGCGAUGAUAUAGUGAUAUCCGGAAUGGCAGGAAAAUUUCCUAACUGCCGUAACAUAGUGGAAUACCAGUAUAAGCUUUACAACAAGAUAGACAUGGUUGACGAUGAUGAACGCCGUUGGCGUCACUUUAAUCCGGAGAUACCAAAACGAUCUGGAAAAAUUGGUGAACUUGAAAAAUUUGAUGCAACUUUUUUUGGAGUCCAUUUUAAACAGGCGCACACAAUGGAUCCCCAAACAAGAAUUCUUAUUGAGACGGCUUAUGAAGCUGUAAUAGACUCAGGAGUAAAUCCAAAAAGUCUACGUGGAUCAAAAACCGGAGUAUAUAUCGGUUCCUGUAUAUCUGAAUCGGAAAAAACUUGGUUCUACGAAAAAGUUUCUUCUGGCGGGUUUGGAAUCACUGGCUGUAGUCGGGCUAUGAUGGCGAAUAGAAUUUCAUAUUCUUUGGGACUAGAGGGUCCUUCAUUUUUACUAGAUACGGCUUGUUCCAGUUCGAUGUACGCUUUAGACAAUGCCUUCACCGCUAUUCGAAAUGGAGAGAUUGAUGCAGCAAUUAUAGGUGGUUCAAACUUACUACUUCAUCCAUUUGUAACACUUCAGUUUGCACGACUUGGAGUACUGGCACCUGAUGGGUUUUGUCGCCCUUUUGAUAAAAAUGCUAGUGGUUAUACCAGGUCAGAGACUAUUAAUUGCCUUUUCUUGCAAAGAAAAAAAGAUGCUAAGAGAGUUUAUGCAAGUGUAGUUUACUCAAAAACUAACUGCGAUGGAUAUAAGCCGGAAGGUAUAACUUAUCCGUCUGGUAUAGUCCAGGAGAAGUUACUUGACCAGUUUUACAAAGACAUUGACCAUAAACCAAGUGACUUGGGGUACUUGGAAGCUCACAGUACUGGAACUGUGGUUGGUGAUCCAGAAGAGUGCAAAGCUAUUGAUAAUGUUUUAUGCAGUCAAAGGCAGGAGCCACUAUUGGUUGGUUCAGUAAAGUCAAAUGUUGGGCAUUCCGAGGCGGCUUCUGGAAUAUGUUCUUUAGUAAAAGCUUGUUUCGCUUUUGAGACCGGACUAAUUGCACCAAAUAUAAAUUUUACGGAGGUUAAACAUGGAAUUGCACCCUUAGCAGAGGGACGGUUGAUUGUUGUAAAAGACGUUACUCAAUUACCAAAGCCUUAUAUUGGAAUAAACUCUUUUGGAUUUGGUGGAGCCAAUGCGCAUGCGCUUUUAAAGGGCUAUCCAAAGUCGAAAAUAAAUUUUGGAUUACCACAAGAUGAAGUUCCGCGGCUACUUACAUGGGCAGGAAGGACGGAAGAGGCCGUUGAAGAGAUUUUUAAAGCUGUAGAGAAAAACCCGUUAGAUGCUGAGUUUAUUGGAUUGCUUCAAAACAUUCAAGAGGAAGAUGUUUCCGGUAUGGUAUUUAGGGGCUAUGCAGUAUUUUCAAAAGAAGGUGUGAAAUCAUGUAAAUCAUUGACAAAAGAUAUUCAGCAUUACACUGGCCUCCAGCGUCCGAUCGUCUGGGUUUAUAGCGGAAUGGGGUCACAAUGGUCCGAGAUGGGGGCAUCACUUAUGAUAAUACCUCGAUUCCGCGAAUCAAUUGAAAUAUGUCACCAGACGUUGCUGUCGAAAGGCCUUAAUCUUAUACAUAUAUUAACAUCCAAUGACCCGGAAAUUUACCAAAAUAUUUUACAUUCGUUCGUGGGAAUAGCCGCUGUGCAAAUAGGCCUAACAGAUGUCUUGCGCUCUCUUAAUUUUGAGCCAGACUUUAUUAUUGGCCACUCUGUUGGUGAAUUAGGUUGCGCAUAUGCUGAUGGUGGGCUGACUCCUCAACAAAUGAUAUUGGCUGCCUAUUAUCGUGGAAGAGUAAGUGUGGACCUAGAAAAAAUAAGGGGUUCAAUGGCAGCAAUAGGUAUUGGAUAUAAUACUAUUGUACACAUGCUGCCUAAGUCCAUCGAAGUAGCUUGUCAUAAUGGCCCGGAUUCUUGUACAAUAUCUGGACCAAUCGAUGAAGUUUCCCUCUUUGUAUCUGAACUAAAAACGAAAGGCAUUUUCGCAAAGGAAGUGCCUUGUUCAAAUAUUGCUUAUCACUCAAAAUAUAUUGCACACAUGGGGCCUCCAUUACUGCAAUAUAUGAAAGAAAUUAUCCCAAAUCCUAAGACUAGAAGUAUAAAGUGGUUAAGUACUAGUAUUCCCAAAAAUGACUGGGAUAAAGAUCAAGGAAAAAUGUGCUCUGCAGAGUAUCAUACCAACAAUCUCUUAAACAGUGUACUUUUUAAUGAAACAUUUUCAUUGCUACCUAAAAAUUCCUUGACUAUUGAAAUCGCGCCUCAUGGACUUUUAGGAGCUAUUCUUAAACGAUCAAUGCCCAGUGGUGUACAUAUUCCACUAACAAACAGGGGUAAUAAAAACAAUACGUUGUUUUUCUUAUCGGCUCUUGGAAAAAUUUAUCAAAAUGGUGUAUUACUACCGGUCGCUAACCUAUAUGAAACCAUCCAAUUCCCUGUUUCGCGAGCAACGCCUAGUGUUAGCUCGCUUAUUCGCUGGGAUCAUAGUGAAGACUGGUUCGUGACAAAAUACGAGAAUAUGAAAACAAAGUCCAGUGGCGAGCGUGUUUUUCCAGUUAAUUUGGCUAGUGAUAAUGAAGAAUUUUUGAGUGGACAUAUUAUAGAUGGCAAAAUUCUAGUGCCAGCUACAUGUUAUCUUCAAUAUGUUUGGGAAACAUUUUCCCUUAUGUACCAUGGUCCGAGUUAUAUGGACGUACCCGUUGAAUUCGAAGAUAUACGUUUCUUAAGAGCUACAAGUAUGCCCGUUAAUGGAAAAGUCGAUUUAACUGUUAUGAUUCACUAUGGCACCGGUCAUUUUGAGAUAACGGAAGCAGGUAAUUUAGUUGUCACCGGUAUCAUCCGUGAAACGGCAAACCCCACUAUUCCAGAAGUUUAUAAUUUUGAAAAUGAAUCUAAGUUUCCAAUGAUUUCCAAAAAAGACUUUUAUAAAGAGUUAAGAUUACGAGGCUAUCAUUACAAUGGCGCAUUUAAGGCCGUUCAUAUGGCCCGUUCAGAUGGUUUAUUCGGAAAAGUUGAGUGGAAUUAUAAUUGGGUAACCUUCAUGGAUGCAAUGCUUCAAAUUCAAAUACUGGGAACAGAUUCACGAAAUCUUUUAUUACCAACAAAAAUUCGAAAAUUGAAAAUAAAUGGAGUGCAUCAUUUCAACCUAAUGACCAAAAUGAAUCCAGAGAAUCGCUUUUUUGAUGUCUAUAUAGAUCAAAUGUACGAUCGGAUCAUAGCAGGUGGAAUAGAACUUGUCGGAUUACAUGCCAGUCCAGUGCAAAGGCGAAGACCUCCGGGUAUCCCAGUUCUUGAAGAAUAUGUAUUUCUUCCCUUUUUUCCGUCACCAAUGCUUUCAAUAAAAAAUGCUGCUCGUAUUUGCGUUCAAAUCGCUCUUGAAAAUAAUCCUUCUUUAAAAAUGAAGUUGGUAGAGGUUGAUUCUAAUGGAGAAAAACCACUGCUAACAUCAUUUUUAGAAUCUAUAGAAGAUUUACCUGUCAUUACUGGAGAGUACAUUCUAUUGACAUCCCACAAACUGGAUGACUUUCCAGGACUUCGUGUUGAAAACGGAAGCUUGUCUUGUCAAUCAAAUUGUCACUUUGUUUUAUUAAAAGACCUUGAUGAAGAACAUUUACGAGAUAAUAUUGAAACUGCCCAUAAGGUACUCGUUGACAUUGGGUAUAUGUUGCUUAGACUAAAGUCUAAGACGAAUCUUUCAGCAUUGGAAGAAUCGGAGCUAUUCCGAACUAUUACAAUAAUUCCGAUUGAUAACAAAGAGGAUAUAUUUGUAUUAUUACAGAAAAUUUCAAAAAAACUAACAGUACAACCAGUUUUGGUAAAGGUAUCUGAAAUCGAUGAGACUUUUGACUGGAUUGCAGAAUUACAAUCUGCAAUAAGCACGAAAACACCGGUUAUUGUGUAUUCAUUUAACGAGAGCUUGAAUGGGCUUAUAGGUUUAGUUAACUGUUUGCGAAAAGAGCCCGACGGUAAUUUGAUAAGAUGUUUCUUUAUUGAUGAUCAAAAUGCUCCUAGUUUUGAUUUAUCACACCCUCUAUAUUCGGCUCAGCUUGCAUUGGGAUUGGCGUUCAACAUAUAUCGCAAUGGUUCUUGGGGCAGCUAUAGACAUUUGCAAUUGCUCAAAAGUGACAACCCAAUGGCCAGAUUGGAUCACAUAUAUGGAAACGUCAUUCAACGUGGUGACUUAUCGACUUUACAAUGGCUAAAAGGACCUUUUCAAGCUAAAAGCUGCUUGAUUAAAAUAUCAUAUUCUUCUCUAAAUUUUAGAGAUGUAAUGCUCGCAACUGGACGCUUAGCCGUUGAAUUAUAUGGAUCAAGUCGAAUAGAUCAAAACUGUGUUCUGGGCUUUGAAUAUUCCGGCAUUAACAUGGCAACUGGACGUCGGAUAAUGAGUAUGGUGGUUAAAGGUGGCGUAGCCUCCUAUGUGGAGAGGCCAUCAAAACUAAUUUGGGAUAUACCUGAUCACUGGUCAUUAGAAGAAGCAGCAACAGUGCCUGUGGUAUACAUAACUGUCUACUAUGCAUUCUUUAUGACAUGCGAUAUUCGAAAAGGGAAAAGCAUUCUCAUACAUGCUGGUACCGGGGGCAUUGGUCUGGCCGCUAUUCGUGUGGCAUUGGCCUAUAACCUAGAAGUUUUUACAACUUGCAGCUCUCUUCAAAAAAAGAAAUUUUUGUUAGAGACUUUUCCCCAACUUAAAGAAUCGAACAUUGGAAAUUCUCGGGAUACAUCAUUUGAGCUUAUGGUGCAGCGUGAGACAAAUGGAAAAGGUGUUGAUUUUGUGUUGAAUUCCUUAUCAGAAGAAAAGUUGAUUGCGUCAGUACGUUGUCUUGGUAAGUCCGGACACUUUUUGGAAAUUGGAAAAUUUGACAUGGCUAACGACAACAAGAUUGGAUUGGGAUGCUUUUUAAAAGAAAUUACUUUCCAUGCUGUUCUUGCGGAUAGUCUUCUUGUGGCUCCUGAUGAAGAUAUUUGGCAUUUGAAAACCCUUAUUGAUUCAGAUAUUUCGAAUGGAAUUAUUCAACCAUUACCGGUUAAAGUGUUUUCGGCUCAUGAAAUCGAAAAGGCUUUUAGACAUUUGAUCGGUGGCAAGCACAUUGGAAAAGUUGUUAUUCAAGUUCGUGAACACCCGGAUGAUCCAGCUACUUUACCUGUACGGGUGCUUAGUCAAAUUUACUUUAAGCAUAAUCUUACAUAUGUCAUCAUUGGUGGCUUGGGAGGCUUUGGAAUGGAACUGGCUGAUUGGAUGGCUUUGCGUGGUGCUCGGAAUCUUGUACUUAGCUCUAGAUAUGGAGUAACAAAAGACUAUCAAUCAUACCGAAUUGCGCUAUGGAAAACGUAUGGCUGCCAAAUCGCUGUUAGCACCGCAGAUAUAACUUCAAAAGAUGGAUGCCGUCAAUUGCUUUCUGAAGCUGUUUUAUUGGGACCAGUGGGUGGAAUUUUUAAUUUGGCAGUUGUGUUAAGGGAUAGCUUUUUUUCCAACCAAAAUUGUAAUCAAUUUUUGGAAAGUUUUGCACCAAAAGCUAUUGCUACAAAACAUCUUGACGAGAUAUCUCGGAUUUCCUGUCCUGAAUUGGAGCACUUCGUAGUAUUUUCAAGUGUGUCUUGUGGGCGAGGAAAUGUAGGCCAAACCAACUAUGGAAUGGCUAACUCUGUAAUGGAACGUAUCAUUGAGUUUCGCAACAGAGACGGUUUGCCAGGUAAAGCUAUUCAAUGGGGUGCAGUUGGUGAAGUGGGUUUAGUGGCCGAUAUGGCAGAAGACAAAAUUGAUAUGGAAAUAGGAGGAACCCUUCAGCAAAGAAUUUCAUCUUGUAUUCAGGAACUGGAUCAUUUACUAAGUGCUGAAGCAUCGAUAGUUUCCAGCAUGGUUGUCGCUGAAAAAAAGACAGGUCGUUCUGGAAAUGAAAGUAUUAUUGAUGCUGUCAUGAAUAUUAUGGGAAUACGGGACUUAAAGUCAGUUUCCUUAGGUACAACACUAUCAGAAAUGGGUAUGGACUCAUUGAUGGCUGUUGAAAUCAAGCAAACCCUAGAGCGGGACUUUGAGUUAAUUUUAUCUCCACAAGAUUUACGUUCGCUCACUUUCCAAAAACUUCAAGAGUUCAUUGAAGCCAAGGAAAAAGAGAAUACUAAUGAAAUUAAAAUGAUAUUUGCUUCAGAAAGUAAGCUUUUAGGAAUGGAUUUACUGAUUCGAAACUUAGGCGAUGAAACAAAUUGUGAUCGAAUAAUAAUUCCACUCAAGACACCAGCAGCUCCUUCAAAACAGAGUCUUUCACCAAAUAUAUUAAUACCGGGAUUAGAAGGAACAGCUGGCCGCGCAUGGUACCAAAUAGGCUCGGGCUUGCAAAGUAGGGCUAUUGUCUUACAGCUCCAUAAGUUCGCGCAUUUGGAAAAUUUAACUGAUUUAGCGCAACAAUGCUUUGAACAUGUAAAACUUAUUUUAAAGCAAACUGAACCUUUUUAUGUGAUUGGAUAUUCAUAUGGAACUUUUGUAGCUUUACAACUAGCUGAGUUGCUUGAAAAUUCCGGGUUCCGAGGACAUGUAAUGUUGUUAGAUGGAGCACCUCAUUUUUUAAAAAGACUUACUAAUCUGCAUUUGGGAGAAAGCUUUUCGGAUAACGACCUUUAUGACCUGCUUUUCACUAGUAUUGUAAAUCAGAUAUUUCCCGAAGAAACUAAAGAAUUAACAUCUGAAGUUUUUCACAAAGUUGACACCCUGUCAGAAAAAAUGUGUUUGUUCAUGGACUAUGUUGAAAAGCAAAACAUAUACAGCAAAGAAUACGCUGUAACAAUGAUAGACGCUAUGUUUAAAAGAGUUAAAAUGGCCGCUUCCUUUGAUUUGGAUAGUAUAAGAAAAAUUAAAUCACCAAUUACACUAGUCCGUCCGACGGAGGUUUCACUGCAAGAUAUUGAUGAAGACUAUUGCAUAUCUUUACUGACAUCUGGUAAAGUAACGCUCAAAGUUAUUGAGGGAAAUCAUACGACUAUGUUGGACAAUCCAUCAUUAAGCCAGAUCAUAAAUGACUUUGAUCCAGCUCUGUUAGAAGACAAAAAUUUUGAAGAAUAUAUUAGAAAUGACAAGCCGGUUUCAGUUGUGUAAACAUUCAUUCAUAAUAUUCAUUUCUAAAGCAAACAAAACACGCAAUAUAUUAUAUAUUAAAUAAAUAUCCAAUCAAA